AUGCUCAAGGAUGAUGUCAAAGAGAAGGCACUGGCUGGAGCGGGUGGCACCCAGACGAAACGGAAAUGUUCAAUGGACCAAAACGAGAUCGAUGAAGCUGCUGGGGAAACGCUCCGUAUCUUUCGGGAAUCGGGAGCCAUCGUUGAGGACGUGCAUGUCGUGCAUAUCUCGGGCUUGCACUUUCCGAUGACGAUCAACAAGGAUGCGAUCUUUCCGCACCUUGAUCGAAUCGAACGAUUGGCCCGUUUGCUGGCGCGAAGGCUUACAGAUCUUUCUAUCGACAUCGUGUGCGGACCUGCGAUGGGUGGGCUGGUCGUUGGUGAAUGGUUGGCCCAUGAACUUGGCGUGAUGUGCGCUUUUGCCGAGCACGACCCCGACCCGCAACCGGGCGAAAUCCGCGGCCGCUUCGUGCUCCGCCGCGGCUACGACCAGCUUGUCUCCAACCGCAACGUGCUGGUGGUUGACGACAUCGUGAAUACGGGCCAUUCGAUUCGACAAACCAUCGAGGCCGUGCGGGCGGCGGGUGGGCAGGUUGUGGCGGCCGUGUCGUUGGUGUUCGUCGGCAAUUUCGACGCGAAGGCCCUCGGGGUGGACGAUUAUUACUACCUGCUCCACUACGAUGUGCCCCCGGGAUGGCCGCCGGAAGAAUGCCCGCUGUGCCGCGACGGAGUUCCCGUCAACACCCGCUAUGGACACGGCAAAGAGUUCCUGGCGGCCCAAAAAAAGAAGCAAGAAGGAAAGGGCGACACGACGCCGUCAGUCGAGGGUGGCACCGGAUCUUAA